UACAGAGUCAUCUCCCCUCAUAACCUCCUCCUCUGUUAUAGUAUAAUAACUGACACAAGGUCCCAGAGGGGAAAGUAGAUGAGGGAAUGGGGGAAGGGAAGCCACAAGGAGGCUAUGUUCUGUUCCUGUGCAUGAAACUGGGUUACCAGCCCCUAAGGGAUUGAAUUCAGUUGGAUGGAUGAUUUGGGCAUCUAUGAAAGCUUCUCAGACAAAGGGGUGCCAUUAGAACUUUGAGAGAGUCUGUGGAUAGAAUUCAGGGGUUUCUACAUUUGGAUGGGAAAAAGAUCCCAUCUUUUUUUUUUUUCCUAAACUGUAAUUGAAGUUUAGCACAAUCUUCAAUUACGGAAGAAACAACAAACCACGCCUACUCAACAUGAAGAUGGUAAGGGUGAAGACCAUUAUGAUGAUCCACUUCCACUUAAAAAACAGGUCGUUGGCUGUGGGUUGCAAUUACCAUGUCUGACUCAGUAAUUCUUCGAAGUAUAAAGAAAUUUGGAGAGGAGAAUGAUGGUUUUGAGUCAGAUAAAUCAUAUAAUAAUGAUGAGAAAUCAAGGUUACAAGAUGAGAAGAAAGGUGAUGGCGUUAGAGUUGGCUUCUUUCAAUUGUUUCGGUUUUCUUCAUCAACUGACAUUUUGCUGAUGUUUGUGGGAAGUUUGUGUGCAUUUCUCCAUGGAAUAGCCCAGCCAGGCGUGCUACUCAUUUUUGGCACAAUGACAGAUGUUUUUAUUGACUACGACGUUGAGUUACAAGAACUCCAGAUUCCAGGAAAAGCAUGUGUGAAUAACACCAUUGUAUGGACUAACAGUUCCCUCAACCAGAACAUGACAAAUGGAACACGUUGUGGGUUGCUGAACAUUGAGAGCGAAAUGAUCAAAUUUGCCACUUACUAUGCUGGAAUUGCUGUCGCAGUACUUAUCACAGGAUAUAUUCAAAUAUGCUUUUGGGUCAUUGCCGCAGCUCGUCAGAUACAGAAAAUGAGAAAAUUUUACUUUAGGAGAAUAAUGAGAAUGGAAAUAGGGUGGUUUGACUGCAAUUCAGUGGGGGAGCUGAAUACAAGAUUCUCUGAUGAUAUUAAUAAAAUCAAUGAUGCCAUAGCUGACCAAAUGGCCCUUUUCAUUCAGCGCAUGACCUCGACCAUCUGUGGUUUCCUGUUGGGAUUUUUCAGGGGUUGGAAACUGACCUUGGUUAUUAUUUCUGUCAGCCCUCUCAUUGGGAUUGGAGCAGCCACCAUUGGUCUGAGUGUGUCCAAGUUUACGGACUAUGAGCUGAAGGCCUAUGCCAAAGCAGGGGUGGUGGCUGAUGAAGUCAUUUCAUCAAUGAGAACAGUGGCUGCUUUUGGUGGUGAGAAAAGAGAGGUUGAAAGGUAUGAGAAAAAUCUUGUGUUUGCCCAGCGUUGGGGAAUUAGAAAAGGGAUAGUGAUGGGAUUCUUUACUGGAUUCGUGUGGUGUCUCAUCUUUUUGUGCUAUGCACUGGCCUUCUGGUACGGCUCCACACUUGUCCUGGAUGAAGGAGAAUAUACACCAGGAACCCUCGUCCAGAUUUUCCUCAGUGUCAUAGUAGGAGCUUUAAAUCUUGGCAAUGCCUCUCCUUGUUUGGAAGCCUUUGCAACUGGACGUGCAGCAGCCACCAGCAUUUUUGAGACAAUAGACAGGAAACCCAUCAUUGACUGCAUGUCAGAAGAUGGUUACAAGUUGGAUCGAAUCAAGGGUGAAAUUGAAUUCCAUAAUGUGACCUUCCACUAUCCUUCCAGACCAGAGGUGAAGAUUCUAAAUGACCUCCACAUGGUCAUUAAACCAGGGGAAAUGACAGCUCUGGUAGGACCCAGUGGAGCUGGAAAAAGUACAGCACUGCAACUCAUUCAGCGAUUCUAUGACCCCUGUGAAGGAAUGGUGACCGUGGAUGGCCAUGACAUUCGCUCUCUUAACAUUCAGUGGCUUAGAGAUCAGAUUGGGAUAGUGGAGCAAGAGCCAGUUCUGUUCUCUACCACCAUUGCAGAAAAUAUUCGCUAUGGCAGAGAAGAUGCAACAAUGGAAGACAUAGUCCAAGCUGCCAAGGAGGCCAAUGCCUACAACUUCAUCAUGGACCUGCCACAGCAAUUUGACACCCUUGUUGGAGAAGGAGGAGGCCAGAUGAGUGGUGGCCAGAAACAAAGGGUAGCCAUCGCCAGAGCCCUCAUCCGAAAUCCCAAGAUUCUGCUUUUGGACAUGGCCACCUCAGCUCUGGACAAUGAGAGUGAAGCCAUGGUGCAAGAAGCGCUGAGUAAGAUUCAGCAUGGGCACACAAUCAUUUCAAUUGCUCAUCGCUUGUCUACGGUCAGAGCUGCAGAUACCAUCAUUGGUUUUGAACAUGGCACUGCAGUGGAAAGAGGGACCCAUGAAGAAUUACUGGAAAGGAAAGGUGUUUACUUCACUCUAGUGACUUUGCAAAGCCAGGGAAAUCAAGCUCUUAAUGAAGAGGACAUAAAGGAUGCAACUGAAGAUGACAUGCUUGCGAGGACCUUUAGCAGAGGGAGCUACCAGGAUAGUUUAAGGGCUUCCAUCCGGCAACGCUCCAAGUCUCAGCUUUCUUACCUGGUGCACGAACCUCCAUUAGCUGUUGUAGAUCAUAAGUCUACCUAUGAAGAAGAUAGAAAGGACAAGGACAUUCCUGUGCAGGAAGAAGUUGAACCUGCCCCAGUUAGGAGGAUUCUGAAAUUCAAUGCUCCAGAAUGGCCCUACAUGCUGGUAGGGUCUGUGGGUGCAGCUGUGAACGGGACAGUCACACCCUUGUAUGCCUUUUUAUUCAGCCAGAUUCUUGGGACUUUUUCAAUUCCUGAUAAAGAGGAACAAAGGUCACAGAUCAAUGGUGUGUGCCUACUUUUUGUAGCAAUGGGCUGUGUAUCUCUUUUCACCCAAUUUCUACAGGGAUAUGCCUUUGCUAAAUCCGGGGAGCUUCUAACAAAAAGGCUACGUAAAUUUGGUUUCAGGGCAAUGCUGGGGCAAGAUAUUGCCUGGUUUGAUGACCUCAGAAAUAGCCCUGGAGCAUUGACAACAAGACUUGCUACAGAUGCUUCCCAAGUUCAAGGGGCUGCCGGCUCUCAGAUCGGGAUGAUAGUCAAUUCCUUCACUAACGUCACUGUGGCCAUGAUCAUUGCCUUCUCCUUUAGCUGGAAGCUGAGCCUGGUCAUCUUGUGCUUCUUCCCCUUCUUGGCUUUAUCAGGAGCCAUACAGACCAGGAUGUUGACAGGAUUUGCCUCUCGAGAUAAGCAGGCCCUGGAGAUGGUGGGACAGAUUACAAAUGAAGCCCUCAGUAACAUCCGCACUGUUGCUGGAAUUGGAAAGGAGAGGCGGUUCAUUGAAGCACUUGAGACUGAGCUGGAGAAGCCCCUCAAGACAGCCAUUCAGAAAGCCAAUAUUUAUGGAUUCUGCUUUGCCUUUGCCCAGUGCAUCAUGUUUAUUGCGAAUUCUGCUUCCUACAGAUAUGGAGGUUACUUAAUCCCCAAUGAGGGGCUCCAUUUCAGCUACGUGUUCAGGGUGAUCUCUGCAGUUGUACUGAGUGCGACAGCUCUUGGAAGAGCCUUCUCUUACACCCCAAGUUAUGCAAAAGCUAAAAUAUCAGCUGCACGCUUUUUUCAACUCCUGGACCGACAACCCCCAAUCAGUGUAUAUAAUACUGCAGGUGAAAAAUGGGACAACUUCCAGGGGAAGAUUGAUUUUGUUGAUUGUAAAUUUACAUAUCCUUCUCGACCUGACUCGCAAGUUCUGAAUGGUCUCUCAGUGUCAAUUAGUCCAGGGCAGACACUGGCGUUUGUUGGGAGCAGUGGAUGUGGCAAAAGCACUAGCGUUCAGCUGUUGGAACGUUUCUAUGAUCCUGAUCAAGGGAAGGUGAUGAUAGAUGGUCAUGACAGCAAAAAAGUAAAUGUCCAGUUCCUCCGCUCAAACAUUGGAAUUGUUUCCCAGGAACCAGUGUUGUUUGCCUGUAGCAUAAUGGACAAUAUCAAGUAUGGAGACAACACCAAAGAAAUUCCCAUGGAAAGAGUCAUAGCAGCUGCAAAACAGGCUCAGCUGCAUGAUUUUGUCAUGUCACUCCCAGAGAAAUAUGAAACUAACGUUGGGUCCCAGGGGUCUCAACUCUCUAGAGGGGAGAAACAACGCAUUGCUAUUGCUCGGGCCAUUGUACGAGAUCCUAAAAUCUUGCUACUAGAUGAAGCCACUUCUGCCUUAGACACAGAAAGUGAAAAGACGGUGCAGGUUGCUCUAGACAAAGCCAGAGAGGGUCGGACCUGCAUUGUCAUUGCCCAUCGCUUGUCCACCAUCCGGAACGCGGAUAUCAUUGCUGUCAUGGCACAGGGGGUGGUGAUAGAAAAGGGGACCCAUGAAGAACUGAUGGCCCAAAAAGGAGCCUACUACAAACUAGUCACCACUGGAUCCCCCAUCAGUUGACCCAAUGCAAGAAUCUCAGACACACAUGACGCACCAGUUACAGGGGUUGUUUUUAAAGAAAAAAACAAUCCCAGCAGGAGGGACUGCUGGGAUUGUUUUUUCUUUAAAGAAGAAUGUUAAUAUUUUACUUUUACAGUCAUUGUCAUACAUCGGAAUCCAAGCUAAUUUCUAAUGGCCUUCCAUAAUAAUUCUGCUUUAGAUGUGUGUACAGAAAAUGAAAGAAACUAGGGUCCAUGUGAGGGAAAACCCAAUGUCAAGUGGCAGCUCAGCCACCACUCAGUGCUUCUCUGUGCAGGAGCCAGUCCUGAUUAAUACGUGGGAAUUAGUGAGACAUCAGGGAGUAAGUGACACUUUGAACUCCUCAAGGGCAGAGAACUGUCUUGCAUUUUUGAACCCUCAGUGUACACAGAGGCGGGUCUAUAACAGGCAAUCAACAAAUGUUUCUUGAGCUAGACCAAGGUCAAAUUUGAAAAGAACAGAAGGACUGAAGACCAGCUGUGUUUCUUAACUAAAUUUGUCUUUCAAGUGAAACCAGCUUCCUUCAUCUCUAAGGCUAAGGAUAGGGAAAGGGUGGAUGCUCUCAGGCUGAGGGAGGCAGAAAGGGAAAGUAUUAGCAUGAGCUUUCCAGUUAGGGCUGUUGAUUUAUGCUUUAACUUCAGAGUGAGUGUAGGGGUGGUGAAGCUACCAUUACUGUGAGAACCUACCAGUGUGGCUGGAGCAGGGACUCUCUCCCAGGCCUUUUACUCCUCAGCACCUCCCUGCAUACUGAUUGUUGUUUUUAGUUUCUGCGAAAUUAUAUUCAUUAAAUGAAAAUAGCGCAUUUUACUUUGCUGUAGUUUCAUAAGGUUUUAUACAAAAAAGCAAGUAAAUACGGCAGAAAAGCACUCAUUUGCCCCUGCUCCCUCAAAACACCACAGAAUGACAUAGAACUAAAGGCGGCAGGAAUCUACAAGAAUGAAGAAAACACAGUGAUGCCACCUGCAAAAUCUUGGGAGCCAGAAAGCAAAUGGACAAUUGAUAAUAGAGUUAGUUACAAGAUGAGAGAAAACAAAAAUGUAACCUGUUAGUUGGGGGAGCCUAGAAACAUCCUGUUUUGUACCACAGACCCCUAGAAAGGUUCAAGAUGUAAAAACACUGGAUCCUUCUGGAAGGAGGAGACAAGGGGACAGAGGGACUGAAGACAGAAGAAUGGACCAAAAGCCUGUAUGGAAACAGAAUUGUAGAGCCCCGCCUGCAGCAGGAUGGCUGCCUUUCCCCAGUUCCAGCAAGAAACUGCAUACUCCCCCUCUGAGGAGGCUCACAGGGAGGUUUGCUCUUAGAGACACAAGAUGCAGUUGAAGGGGCAGCUAACAUACAAGAGACAGGGGGAUUGAGUGUAAAGCUGUGUGUGAACAGAAGAACUCCCAGCCCCUCUCUUCUGGCAGGAGAUUGAAGAAUGAUUUUCUGGGGAAAUUGGCCAAUCUUAGAAAAGAGGUCGGGCCAGGCGCUGUGGCUCACUCCUGUAAUCCCAGCACUUUGGGAGGCCAAGGCCGGCGGAUCAUGAGGUCGAGAGAUCGAGACCAUCCUGGCUAACAUGGUGAAACCCCAUCUCUACUAAAAAUGCAAAAAAAUUAGCCGGGCGUGGUGGCGGGCGCCUGUAGUCCCAGCUACUCAGGAGGCUGAGGCAGGAGAAUGGCGUGAACCCGGGAGGUGGAGCUUGCAGUGAGCCGAGAUCGCGCCACUGCACUCCAGCCUGGGCGACAGAGCGAAAAAAAAAAAGAAAAAGAAAAAGAAAAGAGGUCAAGGACCCCGUCCUUGGAAUCCUAAGAAAAUUUUCCAGCCGUAUUACCCUUCUAUGAAGCCCACCUGUCAACCAACAAGCACCCACUCGAUCAGAGCUUCCCCAGGCUUUUUGGUGUCUCCUCCUCGCAUGGGAAUUGACUUCCAAGGACCACCAGACACUGAGGAAGUAUUUUAACAUAUAAAGCAAAAGCAACAAUAGGACAGCUGGAGAAAGGAAAUUAGAAGUAACAGAGCCAAUGCAGUGAUUAGGAAAACACUCAAAAAAUGGUAAUAAGUGUGUUCAAUGGGUCAAGAGAACAUAUUUCCAUCUAUUUAAAUAAAAACAGGAAUCAAUAAAAGUGAACAUACAAAAAAGAGCUCUUGUCACAGAAAUGAAAACCUUGGGAGCAGGACUGCACCCACGGUUCCCACCAACCUAUCCUGCCAUCAUGUUUUCUCCCUACUCCAGCUUCCUCCCAAGCUCACUCUACGUAGAUGGUUUUUCUUCCCUUAGCCAACAAACGAAAUUCUGCCUAUAAAUUAAGCCGGGACACUAGGAUAUGGAGGUAUAUUAUUUACGUCUCUUUUCCAGUGUUUCCUGGUAUAUAACAGCAAAGAUGGUUUAGCAAGUUAACUGGUCAGGCCAGAAUUCUUGAUGGUUGCCAAGUCAGGAGGCAGACGGUGAAGGAAUGCAUUCUGGUUAUGAAAAAUGGCAAUGACAAGUAAGUUGCAGAGUAAAGAUGCCUUUUAGAGGAAAUUAAGGUUUGCAAUAAAUACAUGCUAAUCCUCUAAUUUUGAUGAAAGACUAAAGCUCUUGUUUUGGUUUGCAUUUCAGAGAGCAAGAGCAUAGGCUCUUGUGCUGGGAGGUGGCCAGUUUCCUGGAAAGGAAUUUAUGGAGUCUGAAAGAGGAAUUAGUACAAAUUAUAUUUUCAAAUAAGAUACUUGAAAGUUAUUGAUGACAGGGAAAAGAUUGUCUAAAGAGGGCUUGAAAUUGGGGAAAUAAUUGAGGCUCAGUGACAAAGGAGAAGAUUACAACUUCAAAAAUGAAUAAAUAAAUAACAUUGCAUGUUUAUUUUACAACACCAGGGGGCGAUGAUGUCUACGUUUUUAUCCUGCAUCCUUUAUCGCUGACAAAGAUUUGGUCUCUGCAAUUUUACCUUAUUGUUUCUCAGAUGACCAAGGGGUUGGCUUAAUUUGUUCUGUUUAAACUUAUUGCAAGUCCUUCUGUAAUUUCCUAAUGUUUUCAUAAUGUGUAUUGUGACCAGACUCUCCUCAUAACCCCAGUUAAUAAAAGUUAACAGGAAAAAAAAAAAAAAAUAGAAGGAUUGGAAGAUAAAGUUGGGGAAAUUUCUCUGAAAGUAAAACAAAAAGAUAGAGAAGAAAAGUAGGAAAAAAUAAGAAAAGAAAAAAUUGAGGGUAACAAUUCAGGUGGUGCAAUAAUUAGUCAAUAGUCUAGUUCAAGAGAGUUUAUUUUAAAAAAAUAAAUUUAGACUAUUUAAAAAAAUAGUCUAAGAUCAUUUCCUAUAAUUGAAGAAUAUGAAUUUCCAAGCUGAAAGAGUUCACCCAGUACUGAAUAUAAUAAAUAAAAAUCCUACUUGGGCACAGUAUGAAAUUUUAGAAAACGAGGGAAAAGGAGAAUAUUUUCCAGGAGAGAAGGGGGAAUGUGUGACGUAUAAUCGAUAAAGAAUUAUAAUCAUGUGACUGGGCACAGUGGCUCAUGCCUGUAAUCCCAGCACUUUAGGAGGCCAAGGCAAGAGGAUCGCUUGAGCCCAGGAGUACAAGACCAGCCUGGGCAACCUGGCGAAACCCCAUUUCUAACAAAAAAAGAAAAGCAAAAAUUAGCCAGGCAUGGUGGCAUGAGCCACUCGGGAAGCUGAAGUGGGGUGAUUGCUUGAGUUCAGGUGGUUGAGGCUGCAGUGACCCAACAUCGCGCCACUGCCCUCCAGCCUGGGCAACAGAGCAAGACCUUGUCUCAAAAAAAAAAACAAAACCAAAAAACAACAACAACAAAAACACACACACACACAAGAACUAUAAUGACAUAGGACCUCUUGACAAUGAAACUAAAAUUCAUAAAGAUUUGCCUUCAAAAUUCUAAGGGGAAUCAUUGUAUAUGUAGCAAAACUAUUCUCAAGAAUGAGAGAGGUCUAAAGACAUUCUCAGUCAUGCAGGUCUCAACACCUCUACUCCCCAUCUUUUCUCAGAAAGCCACAAAAAGGGGCUUUUUUUUUUUAAAUAAGGUCACAGAUUUAAAAAAUAGGAAGAUAUGGGGUGUAAGAACAGAUGACCUAACUCAAGAAUGAGGUGCUGGGAAUCUCCAGGAUGAUUAGGAAGGAGAUCCCAGGAUUACAGGUGUGCUGUACCCAGAGGAAGUAGUCAGCUAGAUUGAGGCAGGGAAAUGGGUUCUGAGAGGAAUGUCCCCCCAGAAAAACAUGGUGCUGCUAGAAUGCCUGGUGGGUUUGAAUGCUGAGAGAAGACAGAACUCCCUGCUAGAGUUUGAGGGUAAGUUAGCAAUGCGUAAUAGAAGACAAAGAGAGUGAGAUUGGAGAUUUUUAGCUAUUAGCUCUAGGUGGAAAGAAAAGUUACACAAAAAGAAAAUAUAUUUUUAUUUCACCUUGUGACUCAUCUGAGAAUGUUAUUUACAAAGUCACAUCAAUGUAAAAGCUUAAUACUGAUCUAAAGCAGAAUUAUAGAUAGAUUAUGAAAGGAACAAGAAAAUAUGUGGGGUAGGUUGGGGAUGGGAUAGGACAUGGGUAAAAAAAGAACUGGAUCCUUGUGGUCCUCAUAUUUCAUAAUGGAAACUAAACAGUUAAACAUUUAAACAAAUAAGAUGUUUUACAAUAAAAACAUCUUACUGUAAAAGAUGAAGGUGAAUACUGAAAGAAACUGCUAAAAGAUUUAUGUACAUGUAUAUCUUUCAUUGAAAAAAAUAAAGUUUAAAAUGAAAAGGGGAUAGAAACGCAGUACAGUUACAAAAAUUAAAACAAUAGAUACUGAAACUAUUAUAGAUUUGAAAGAUACAUCACCAGAACAGAAGGGAGUCCAGAAAUAGAUUCACCAGAGAUCCCAUUUAUCAGAAUAUAUUUUAAACUUCUAAUCACAAAAAGUGAGCACACUUUUCUCUCCCUGCAUUGUUCACAAUCAUUUGGAAAAAAUCUCAAAUCUAUAAAUAAGACGAUGGGGUAAAGGUCAAAUAAGUUUCGGUACAUAUAUGCAAUGAUGUUUUUCAUGAAGCCAAAAUAAUGAUGUUGACUUACAUUUAUUGUUUUUUGUGGAGCAAUGCCCAUGUUAUAUUGUGCAGAAAAAAACCAUUUCUGAUCAUCAAAGAUGGUAUGAUGCUAUCUAUCUAUCUAAUCAUCUGUGCACACACACUCAUACAGGCAUGCAUCUGUUAUGUGUGUAUCUGUGUUUGGCGUGUGCUUGUACAUACUUGUAUGCAUAAAAAGAUAUCUGGAAGAAUUUCUGCCAAAUUUUGGUAGCUUUUAUUUCCAGCCAUUUGUCCUCUGUGUGACCAGAACUCCCUGCAUAUACUGAAAUGUCUAUUGAUGGUCUUUGAGGGCAGAGACUGCCUAGUUCAUCUUAAUGUCUCCAGUGCUUUACUCGGUACUUGGCAUAAAGUGCUACCUCAAUACAUCUUGUUGAAUAGUCUUCUCAAAGUCACACAGGUAGUUUAUAACUUGUCAGCCCCCACAUAAGGAAUAAAAGUGGAAAACGCCCAUUCUUUCCAUGGGUCAGAGCAGUGCCUUUCAACAGAAAUAUAAUAUGGGCCACUAAUAUGAGCCACAUAGGUAAUUUUAAAUUUUCUAGUCACAUAAAAAAAGUGGAAAAAAACAGGUGAAAUUUAUGCUAAUUGUAUAUUUUAUUCAACCCAACAUAUCCAAAAUAUUGCCAUCACAACAUGUAAUCAAAAAUAUCCUGAGAUUUUUACAUUAUCUACUAAAUAUUCAGAAUCUGAGGUGAAUUUACAUUUACAGCACAUGUUAGCUCAAAUCAGCCUUAUGUCAACGUCCGUUCUCAAGAGCCACUAGUGGCUACUAUGUUGGACAACACAGAAUUAGAAUAUCAGGUUCAUGAAUUCUCUAGUCUGAAUCUCAGUUGGCUCUACAAUUCUAGUCUUAUAAAAACAUGAGCCCAGCUUCUCCAUUGGAAUGUGUCCUUACACUGUACUCAGAAAUUUUGCAAAACUUCAGUUUUGCAGGAUGUCAGUUUGGAUGCAAGAAAGACCUUUGGGGAAUCAAACAAAUCAUUUUGAUAUCAGAAGUCAUAGAGCUACACUGGCCUGUAUGAGAAGUGGUUAAAAUUCUUUACAUCAUACAUUUUAUUUGAUUCACCAGUGUGAGUUGACAAAAGUGAAAUAACUAAGAUUGUUUAGUGUAACAAAAUACAGUAUGAUAUUAAAAACGGUCAUAUUAGCUAAGCUUCCUGAGGACUUCUUCCCAAAACAAGUUUUCUUCCAAUUGAUCUGUAAGAACCAUUUAUGAUUUUUUUCUGUGAACAAUUCUUAGGAAAAGUUGAAGCAGCACAUUUUCCAACUUAUUUGGAAAACAGGCUCUCAGUUAAUUUUGGUCCAUUUCAAAAUUGCAUGAAAGAGAUGCCCAUAUAUUAGAAAUGCUACUGUUUGAGAAAAAAAAAGGUAGAAAAAUUGGCCUCUAGUUUUUUUGUCCAAAAACUCUUUUUUAUAUAGUUACUCUAAAUGUACUCUACAUGUGCCCUUAGGAGAUUAUUUCAAUGAAAAGAUUCAUUGAAUUUAGUGCUGCCCCCAUGCCUGUAAUUUUUGGCAAUUAUACACUCAUUUUAAAAUGUAGGUCCUGGAAUAUUUUAAUACUAUAUUCUGAAAAUGUAAAAUACAUAGGAUCAUAAUUAGGUAUAGUUUGCCAUAUAUUUAUUCAAUAAUUAAAUAUCAGUUUCCUAUCCUAAGAAAAUAUCAGAACAGUUCCAUCAUGUUGGUUUAGGAUCCCACCUCAUAUUUCCAACUAAGGGUUUGAUUUAUUAAAUAUUUCUUAUGCAUGCAAAAUCUCUCUGUAAUCAAGGCACAAAAGGAUUUAGAGGAAAUACAAAAUUAAGAAUUUGGUUGUUUUCAAACACACUUGGAGAGAAAUUUACAUAUACAUGUGCACCAUCAUAAAAUGAGCACUAUGUCCACUUGGAUUUGCUCUAAAUUUACAGAUCAAGUAAAUGAUCUCACCUGCAUAUGAGACGGCAGGUGAAAGUAACUCAGUGAACCUCUAAACCCAUUUCCAAUUUCUUUCACACUGGGUUCAAUUAAAUGCCCAAUUAAUUUAAAUAGCAGACUGUAAAUAAAGCAAUGCACAUGAUUAUCAUCUAAUUAGCACUGGCCAGCAUUAUAAUGUGCUCAUUAGCGAGUUGUAUGGUAUCCUGAGGCUCAUAAUGAGUAAUCAGGAUACUCGUGAUUGGCAUGUAGCUAUCCGAAUGCAACUACUCAACCCAAUAAAUCAGAGUUAGGACAAAAUGUGUUAUGUAAAAAGAAAAAAUACAGAGCCAGCUGGUGAAUUGGCAAUUUCCUCCUUCCUGUAAUUCAGGUACAGCUCCUGCUCUCAAAUACAAAAUAAAUGUGAGAACAGAAGAGCUGGAGAUAGCAGAAGAGCUGGAGAUAGAAAUGGAAAUGUUCGCUAAGGGUGACAGAGAACAAGUGCCUAUGAUUAUUAUAAAAGAUUACCAAAAAAGAUAAAACCUUUGUGGUAUUUGGUUUCUUUUUCAUAUCUCAAGUAUAGAAUCAAAGUAAGAAAUGAGCAAGGUUUCAAUAACAUUUCUUGGAAGGUGAAAAUUUAAUCAUUGAAAUAUACUUCCUGAUAAUGUUCAUAAAGCAUUUUGCCUUCAUGGUUUUAGCAUGUUACUGCAAAAUAGUUUGGCAGGCUGCAGGGAGAGAUGCAGCUGAGUGUUGCAUUCAUUGUUAUGUAGGUGAUAAGUCACUAUGGCAGGUGUUGUCUCUCUUGACACCCAAUCCGACACCCUUUUCUUUUGCUUUCCUCUAUUACAGAGACUGGAAAGCAAAAUAUUUACCUUCCUAGACUCCCUUGCAGCUAGAUGAAGGCCAGGUGACAUUGUCUUGUCAAUGAAAUAUAGGCACAAGGCCCUAUGCAGGCUGUCCCUUUCUGAAUAAAGCUUGGGUAAAAGAAAACCUGAGUCUCUUCCCCCUUUCUUCUUUCCUGAAUGCACAGCAGCCAUGCUGUGAUCACUUGGACAAAAGCCACACACCACAGAUGGCAGAGCAGGAAGAUACUCAGCCUGAUUCCUGAACAUCCUUUGUGCAGCUACUUCAGCCUGGGUUGCCUGCCUUCACCCAUCUUGUUACAGAAGAAAAAGACAUCUCUCACUUGUU